AUGCGGCUCUCGGUGGCGGCCGCCAUCUCGCACGGGCGCGUGUACCGGCGGUUGGGGCUGGGCCCGCGCUCGCGCCUCGACCUGCUGCGCAACCUGGUGACGGCGCUGGUGCGGCAUGAGCGCAUCGAGGCGCCCUGGGCGCGGGCAGACGAGAUGCGGGGCUACGCCGAGCGGCUCAUCGAGUACGCCAAGCUGGGGGACACCAACGAGCGCGCCAUGCGCAUGGCAGAUUUCUGGCUGACGGAGAAGGACCUCAUCCACAAGCUGUUCAAGGUGCUGGCACCCCGGUUCCAGCCCCACCCCGGCAGCUACACCCGCCUGCUGCAGAUCCCCAACCGGGAUAGCCUUGACUGCGCCAAGAUGGCAGUCAUCGAGCUCAAGGGGAACCCCUUCCCACCGCUCAUCCGCCCGCACCGUGACAGCGAGAAGACACUGCUCAACCAGCUGCUGAAGGGCUACCGGGAGGACAUGCAGCAGGCAGCAGCCCCGCAGGCCCCCGAGGGCACUCCUGUCUAGGCAUCCCCCUCUGCCCUGAGGGAGGCCCUGUGCGGGGAUGGGGCUUGGCGUGAGUUGCCCAUGCACCAGCCAGCUUGUUGGUGUCCUGGAGCACAGGAAUGGAAGAUGUCCUGGGAGGUCUUAAGGUUGAUUGCUAACUUUGAGUUGCUGUGACAGGGGAGUAAGCUCAAGGUUUACUUGCUUCUUCCUCUGGUUUAAAGAGAGACUCAGCAAGAGAAGGAAGUCAAGCUGGGAACCCUAAUGGUUGAUAUUCUCUGUGUAAAUAAACACUAUUCAGAAAGUGA